AUGAAUCAAUCGGACGAAGAAACCAAGCAUACUGUACUUCUUCCCGAGGACUAUGUACAAAAAUUCGAUCCCGAUGCGUAUUUGCAGUUUUAUUUCAGCCAAGACGCCAUUGAAGACGGAACCCGUGUUUCCCUCUUCGCCCUUCCCGUUUUUGCUCAACUAAUGCUCCAAACAAUGCGUCCAUCCGAAAGAGAAACCCUUUUGGAUAUUGGCGCCGGUCCAACCGUCUACGCGGCUCUUUGCUUCCGUGACGUCAUUAAACGAGUCCAUCUCUCCGAUUUUGUGGAUAGAAACUUAGACGUCCUUCGAAAAUGGGUCCGUCGAGAAGAAACAAUCGAUUGGGUUCCAACAAUUAAAGUGAUUAAAAGAACGGAAGGAGGACCAGUCCCCACAGAAAAAGUUUGUGAUGAAGUUGAAGAAAAAGCGAGAGGAUUGGUGAAAUCUGGUGGAAUUCAUUUUGCCGAUGUCCAUCAGGAUGUUGUGGUUCCAGAGUUAAAUGGAAAACAAGUUGAUAUCCUUGUGUCCAUUUUUACCCUGGAGAGUGCCUGCCGGAACUAUGAGGAGUACUGUAAAUGUGUUGCAAACAUGAUGAGACAUCUGCGUUCGGGUGGCCGUUUUGUCUUGGGAUCGGUGCUCGAGGACAAUGAGUACAACUCAGGGAGACAGACCAUCUUUCACCUGCUCAACCUUCGUGAACAAAUGAUUCUCGACGCGCUGGUUUCCGUUGGUCUCGACAUUCCAAAUGCCAAAAAAUACGUUUUGGACGGCGAAGGUGUCAUGUUUAUAAUGGCAACAAAACUCUAG